UGUUCAGGUAUGGGCUGGCCGUGGGGGUUGCUGAUACUCACUAUCGGCUUGGCAAGCGGUCAGCAGCCAGUAUUCCGAAAGUUCGAGUACAAGCAUUCGUUCCGUGCACCAAAUCUCGCUCAACGUGAUGGUUCAAUACCGUUCUGGAUGGUAUCCGGGGAUGCAAUCGCUUCGGGAGAGCAACUACGUCUUGCUCCGUCAAUGCGAAGUAGGAAAGGUAUCGUCUGGAAUAAACGACCAAUGCAAGAGAGUGAAAACUUCCAGAUCGAUCUUAGUGUGAGAGUCACGGGUCAGGGUCGUAUUGGUGCUGAUGGAAUGGCCAUUUGGUACACUGCACAGAUGGGAACUAUUGGGCCUGUAUUUGGUGCCAACGAUUUCUGGACUGGAAUGGGCAUUUUCCUGGAUUCCUUCGAUAACGAUGGCCAGAAGAAUAACCCCAUUAUUGCUUUGAUGAUCAAUGAUGGAACUCGCUCGUACGAUCAUCAGACAGAUGGUAGCCAACAGAUACUUGCCAGCUGCCAAAGAGAUUUCCGUAACAAGCCCUACCCUGUUCGAUUGCGCAUAGAAUACUUGAAGAAUGUGCUCACAGUCUACGUUGACGAUGGGAUGCAACAAACUCCGAGAUAUGAGCUUUGCAUGAGAGCUGAAAACAUCCUUUUGCCGCGCAACGGUUACUACGGAAUGUCCGCGGCCACUGGUGGCCUUGCCGACGACCACGAUGUCGUUGACUUCUCGGUCUUUUCCAUUCAAACCGAUGCCCGCGCUUCCACUCCUACUGCUAUUCCACAAGAUGAAAAAUCUAAGUAUGAUGAAGAGUUCAAGAAACAAAUGGAGGAGUAUGAAGCUGAAAAAGCCAAAUUCAAACAAGAGCAUCCAGAUAAAGCUAAAGAUGAUGAUUACUACGAAGAGUCGAAGUAUUUCGAAGAUGCCACAGCUCGUGAGCUUCGUCAGCUCUUCGAAGGACAGAGCCAUAUCGUUGAAACUUUACAACGAAUGGAAACGAAGUUAAAUAUGAUCGGUGGCGGAGCUGUUCAGGCUGUCACCUCAGCACCAGGUCAAGCAGGAGCAGUUCCUUCUGUUGGUCUGUUGCAACACGAAAAGAACGAAAUCUUACAAUCUUUACGAGAUCUUACUCAAUCAUUACGAGAUCAGAAGCAGUAUGUGAACGAGAUCUUCACCAAAGUGUAUAACAUAGAGCAGAAAACGGGAGUGGUGGCACCACAAGCUGGAGGUGGUGGCGGCGGUGUGGCCAUAGACUCAAGCAUGCACCAGAAAGUAGAUAGUUUGUUGAAUGAAGUUCGGACAGUGCGAGCGAAUCAGUUGCAGCAGAGCGGUAGCGGCGCAGGCUGUCCUACUGUUUCGUGCUUAUCGACGAGCCUAUUCAUGACUAUAGCUGUUAUCCAGGCAGUUGUUAUUGUUGCUAUGAUAUUCCUCAGAAGCAAGCCCGACAAGGCGAAAUUCUAUUAGAGAGAUGAUGUCGAUGCUCACCUAGGCCGUACUAAUAUCAUUUUCUAGACGCUUUGCGAAUGAUGGGCUGCCUUAUCAGGUACUCUGAAAGUUGAGAUCAAAGCGUGUUUUUGGUCAGUGAUAUUGUUAAUGCCCAGUUUCUGGUUAGAUCGAUUUGUCAUAACUAUUCUUAUCAUUGGUAGAAUUGUGAAUGUGUCAGCAUUGGGCUAUCACUGGUGAAAAUUGCCAGGAUUACAGUUUUCCUUGUCUGCACAAUUCUAACCAUUUCACACUUUUGUAAUAUAACAAAGCAAUGAGAUUAUUUCGUGUCUUUUGCAUUGUAUUUUUCUCCUCAAAGCUGUGGGUUUCUUUCUUCGUAAGUUCUCGUUUUAUUGUUGAUCAUUUGGGUGCAUAACUGUUGUGAUUGUUAUUAAGUCGGAUUCUAUGUGAUAAAUUUUCAAUCUUUCCAGUUGUCUGCUGUUACACCUGU